AUUUUUGUUACCAUAAUUAUUUAUUUAUUUUGUUUCCAUUAGCUACUAAUAAAGCUUUUCGGGCAUCAUUAAUUCAAAAGCUCCGAAUUCCAAGGAAGAAAAAAUACACUAACUACCACACCAUGUUACCGUUUUUCAGUUAUAUUCAUCGUACCUUCUUCUCUCUAUUCUUCUUCUUUUUCUUUCUUGUUUCUUUCCCGCUCUCUUCCGCCGCUGAUUCUUCCACCAAGUUGGCUGCCGCCGCCCCCGGACCCGCCGCAGAUGGUUUCAGUAACACCACGUGGCGGGGCCUCAUGCGCUUCCUUGAUGCGGAUAAGGGCAGCAGCGUUGACGGCAUGGCGGAGCUCAAGCGCUACUUCGGCCGGUUUGGGUACCUCCCGGUCCCGCCGGAGAAUAUGAGCUUUACCGAUGAUUUUGAUGAUGUGUUCGAGGAGGCUUUGAUUUUGUACCAGAGGAAGUUGGGUUUGACGGAGACGGGGAGGCUGGAUUACGACACGAUGAGCGUGAUCGUCUCGCCGAGGUGUGGGGUCGGGGAUUUCAGCGGCGGCGGAGGGGGAGGAGGAGGAGGGGGAGGGGGGAAGAGGUUGAGGACGACGGAGCGGUUUGCGUACUUUUACGGGGAGCCGAGGUGGGUGCGGCCGCCUCCUAUGGUGUUGACGUACGCGUUCUCGCCGGGGGACAUGAUCGACUACGUGAGCCCGUCGGAGGUGAGGACGGCGUUCCGGCGGGCGUUCUCGAGGUGGUCGGCGGUGAUUCCCGUGAACUUCACGGAGGCGGAGGAUUACUCGUCGGCGGAUAUAAAGAUCGGGUGGUACAGCGGGGACCACGGCGACGGGGAGGCGUUCGACGGCGUGUUGGGGGUGCUGGCGCACGCUUUCUCGCCGGAGAACGGGCGGUUCCACCUGGACGCGGCGGAGAGGUGGGCGGUGGACUUCAAGGCGGAGAAGUCGAAGGUGGCGGUGGAUUUGGAAUCGGUGGCGACGCAUGAGAUAGGUCACGUACUGGGGCUGGCGCACUCAUCGGUGAAGAAUGCGGUUAUGUACCCGAGUUUGAGUCCGAGGACCAAGAAACUGGAGCUCCGAAAGGAUGACGUGGAAGGGAUCCAGGCGUUGUACGGGUCGAACCCGAAUUACAUUUUCGACCCUCGGUUAGCAUCCGACGUGUCUUCGGGUCGGGGCAUGGACUUGGAAAGGAGAAAAGGACUGAUGAAGUGGACUGCCACAAUAGUUAUGGCGGCUUACUUCUUUUCUUUGGGAUUAUGAUUUUAUAUUUUAACUUUUUUA